AUGACAAGUCUUACGACAGCAAUGAAAAACCUUUUUCGUGAUAUUGCAACAUCUACAGAUAGUCAAUUAUUCUUAGACUUUUUUAUACAUUCAUUUAAUGUAAUUCAAACUCUAGAAAAUACUGGUCAGUAUAUGUGCAUGUUGUAUGAAACAGCAUUCAGACGAAAUCGAUUAUCAUUUUUAAACCAUUAUACUAUAUAUCAUGCAUUAAUCUCCAACAAAAUGGUUGGAGAACAACGAGAAAAACGUCGUCAACAACAGCAACAACGUAUGGAAGUAGCACAUAUUUUGGAUGCAUCUUUAGCAAAUAUUGAACAUGAAGAUGAUAACAAUACGAGCGGAUUCCGGCUGGAAUACACUUUUUCCGAUCGGAAUAUUGCUUGCACUUCCGAUGAUUACCGGAGCGUUCCUGCAGGAAUCGGUGACUUUCAUACGUCUUUCCUGGAGGAUCCUGCAAGAUUCGAUGGGCAUAAUGUUCGUCCUAGAAAGCAACAAACUAUUGAAUUGACUCAAAAAAACCAUUUCGUCUGUAAAUUCAAUGGUUGUAAUAAUCGAUGUGAUGGUAAACAUGAUACAAAUGAAUGUUCCGAUCAUGCUCAUUACUAUGAUCCUCCCGUUUGGCAUGUUGAUGAAGUCAAAUGUGAAAAAUGUGGAGUUCCACGUUUUUCUAACAUGCUAUCUAAUACAGAUCGAAUGGCUCGUGGUCUCUUAGUUGGUGUUUUACUGAUUAUGAUAGUAGAUGCUCAAAUCUAUGAAGCUAGUGCCGAUUCAUGUGGUUGUCCAACAAACUCUGACAAAUGUGAACAAAACUGUAUUAAAAAAUACUAUGGUACAAGAAUUGUCAAAGGUGCAUGUGGAGGAUUUAUAUUUCUGUACUGCAAGUGCAGUGUCGAUGGAGGAGGUUGGUAUUCAAUCGCUGGUAUCUGUUCAACAUAA